AUGCGUCGGAGUAAGGAAUUGUGCGCACCUAUCUAUUUUACGCCUCAAGAAGUAAAGAAUUCAGCAUUGGACAAGCUCGAGGCAUUGGAAGCUCUGCGCCUGAGCCGACAAUGGGUUGACAACUCUGCAAUAUAUUUGCAAAAGGAUGGUUCUUUCUCGCAUGAAGUUGCUAAAAGAGGAGGGCUGCAAACACAUUUACAGACUGCAUAUCUUUCCGUGGCCAGUUUCAUUUCCCCACCAGGCUACCAAGACUCGCCAGAAGAAGAAAGACUACGAAAUGCUCGUCGUCACCUUCUAGUCUCGAUCCUUGCAUAUGCAUGGCUCUGGCGAAGGCCUAAAGUAUUAGAUCAUCAAGGCAAUUUGGUCGCUUUUGAACAAAGACAAAAAUUUCUUUUUAACGCACAAGAAGUGCCCCUACAUUUGGAUAAGUCAAAAUGGAAUAUAACGGGGUUUUUUGCCUGUUUGAGGUGGGAUAAUUUGCAUAAUUUACGUCGUGUCGGAGGCCCGUGGUGCUCGUGCCGGAUGGAGAAGGAUUGCUACCCGCCACCUUAUUAUAACACUUCCCCAACGAAAGAAAGAGGGGCAGAGCAGGUUGUCAGGCAGAGAUGA